CAAUCUUUCUUGUCUAAUACAAAAUCUGAGAAAAAUGCUAAUAUAUAUAAUAUAGCAUUGCCACUAUUAGGUAUUUUACUGGCUAUUAGUUUUUCUCUGAUUUAGGGUUAGACCAGUAAAGUUGUUAAAUUGUUAAAUUUAUAUAUUUUAAAUUUAUUUACAUACAGGUAGGUACACCUUAAAAACUACAAAAAAAAGUGGUACCCUAUAACUGAAUAUUGGAAACUUCUGAAGUGCUGAAACUUUCUAUACUUAAAAACUACUUUAAAUGAAUGUCUUCCCUGGCCUUAUUUUUUAAUCUAUAGUUUUUAGUAAAGUUUUGUGAUUAAAAGAAAAGUCGCCUUUUUUGAUUGUUACCCCUUAAAAACCGCAAUCAGGUUUUUUGCUUAUAAUUUUAGAGCCGUUGAUCAGGUUCCCUCAAAAUUUUGUAAACAUUUUGUUUUUGGGCCAUAGUAUUGGUACACACAUUAUUCUAAAUCUAUUAUAAACGAAAAGACAUAAACAACCCCAAAACUCCUUAAAAUUACAAAAUAAAUCCUUACAAAUUACAACUAAAUACUAAUAUACUGUAAUUAGGGGAUUACUGUUAAUUAAAAUUUGUAGAUAGUUUAACAUAUUAUAUUUUUCACUCAGAUAUUAUAUUUUUAUUUAAUAGGAAUAUUACUUAAGUUUAUUUAUGCACACAAUUGUUUUAUACCAUAUGUAUUUUAUAGAUAAAAAUAUAAUAAGUAAUUUUGCAAUGGGGAAACCAAAAUUUAUUUUAAAGUGAGAAAAGAACCUUUUGUUGUUGGAAAACCAAAUUCAAAGGCAGAGGCAAAAGUCCAGAGGAAAAAAAUAAAUAUGAAAGAACUUCAGAUUCAACAAGCUGUGUCUUGGUGCAUAGAGCACAAAAAAAGAGGCUAUGCUGCUUUGCAAACUGGUAUGUUUUCUUUUAUCAAAGAUCGAGGAACCAUUGAUCGGAGAUUAGAUGGAAAAACUGCUAAUAUAAAAAAGCAACAUCUACGAAUUUUGACAGCUGAAGAAGAACACUCGAUUGUAGAAUUCAUUAAAAAUAAAAACAGGUGCCAUCAAGGAAUAUCGAGGAAGCAAGUCACAAGUCUAAUUAUUGAUGUUUUAAAAAUUAGAGACUAUUGCAACACCACGAAUCAAGGCGGUCGCAAUUUUGGUAAACUAUCUGAUAAUGCAAAACAUGUUGUUAAGACAGGAAAGCUUGGCCAGUCGUUUUGGCAGAGAUGGGAAGCAGAGCGAAAUUGUUGUUUCACAAGUUAUUUUUGCUGGUAAAGGUAUCACAAGUCAUAUGGCCCCAAAAACAGCUGUCAAAAAUAUAAAAAAUUUAAUUAUAUCAUCUACUGAAAAAGGAAGCCAGGAUAACCAUUCUUUAUUGGAUCUACACAAAAAGUUUGAUAUAUAUUUGUCAGAAGAAAAUAUACAACGACCUGUUGUAAUGCUAGCAGAUGGACACAGUUCAAGAUUUGACUACAAUGUUCUACAUUUCCUCCAUGAAAAAAAAAUUAACUUGUUUAUAAGUCGUCCUGAUACAACUGGGGUUACUCAACUGUUGGAUCAAAGUCCUAAUCAAAACAUGCAUCGUCAAUAUGACAAAAAAAGAGAUGAACUUUUUACAACUUUCCAAACAAUAAACCGAGAAGGCUUCAUGACAAUUCUAGGAGAAAUGUGGGAUAAAUGGGCUUCAAGGGAUACCAUAAUUAAUGCUGCAAAGAGAGUUGGCAUAUCUAAAGAAGGUUUAAGUGUAAAUAAUAUGCAGCAAGAUAAAUUUCACCAGGCUGCAAACUGUAUGGUUCAAAAUCAAGAACAAGAGCCUUCUAGCAAUCUUGUUCUAAGUACACCAAAGAAAAUAUGCACACGUUCAUCAGCAAAUGUUUUGUUAACACCAAUUACUCCACAUUCAUUUCCCAAAUUAGCAAAAACAAAUCAUCGUUAUGGAUCAGCUAAUUAUUGGAAAUUUAUGUUCGAGCAGUCACAGAUGAUUAUGAAAGAAAGUUAUGAAAAAAGUUUAAUUCUAGAAGAUAUACCAGGUUUGCUUACAGUAAACAAGGUAAAGCCAAAAGACAUGAAUAAAACAAAAAAUAUACGUGUCACAAACAUACAUGGGUCAAUGGAAGCCCAAAACAUCAUUGAACAGGUUGAGUUGAUUGAAAUUAGAAAAAGGAAAAAAAAAGAUCAAAAGGAGAAAAAAAAGAAAGAAAAAGAUAACGAAAAAGAACAAUUUUAUAAAUGUAAAUUAAAAUGUGUUUGCAAUGGUAUUUGUGCAGUAAAGGGUUUUAAAGAGUGCCCAGUCUGCCACGAGAUAAAGAAAUCAGUAUGCAGCAAAAUUUCUUGUCGAGUUGAUGGAAUGAAGCCAAUAAUGAUUAAACUAGCCACAUCAACCAAAACAAAUGCUAAAUAUAAAGACAAUUUAAGUGACGUGGAAAGCGAUAACAUCAAUUGGGGAAAUGUUUUAUGUUGAUUUGAAAUGUAACUUUUUGAUUCCGGAAAGAAAUUUUGACUUUGUGUCUCAAUGUUUGUAUUACUCUUUGUACCCCUUAAAAACUACAAGCGUCUCUACUGCUAGUAAAAAGCUUAUUUUAUCAAUCUGAGAAGGAUAUUGUGAAAACUUUUUUUUUUUUUAUUUGUAGCAACAAUAUAGUUAUCUAAAAAAAAAGGAAUUGCAAUCUUAUUUUCAAAUUGAUGCUUACCCAUGCCAAAAACCGUGUUUUUUUAGUUUAAAAUUAAUUUAUUUUUUAUUUUUAAAUUGCUUUUUUCACAUUUUAUUAAUAAGAAAAUAGUCAAACUUGUAUUUUUUUGUAGAGAGUAUUUAUAUGGAGUUUCAAAACAAAUAAUUUUAUGCGUUAAAGCUCAUACAGUGCUUGACAAGAACAUAAAUUAUGACUUUGUAGUUUUUAAGGUGUUUGUGUUUUUAAGGUGUACCUACCUGUAGUUUAGUUAAGACAAUGUAAAAUUUAAUUAGUGUAAAUUUGUUUGGACUUUCAAUAUUAUGUGUUGCUUCUCUUAAAUGAGAUAAAAACCCAAGGAUGCAAAAAACUUAAUAUAAAAUAGUGUAAAGAAGAAGUAGUAACUAAAAUAAACAGCAUAAUAGAAUUUGAUAAGUUUGACUCAACACUUGACAAUGUUUCAUCUAGUAACUCUGGAGUAUCUCUGCAGUUGUAAAUUGCUAAAUACUGAUUUGACAGAUUUUUCUUUUUUUUUUUAAUUUUCUUUACAAUGUAUAAUUUUUACUACUUAAUUAGGAAUUGUCAGAUUUCCAUUAUUUCUUUCUAUUAGAAACAAAGAGUUUAAAAUAUUAGUGGUAAGAACUGUCAAAAACUUGUGAUUGCUAUGAUGAAGAGGUUAGUAAAUUAAAAGUGCAUUCCUAUAAAUACUCUGUUUAAUUUUAUAAUGAUAUUACUCCCAUCUUACAAUCCAUUAUACAAAUCCCAUGCAUGGCUCUACGUUAGCCGUUUUACCAUAAUGGGAUGACUGAAUAACCGUGAAUUUCACAAGCGCAAACUAGCACAUGUGCGAAGCAGUUACAAAAACUGGCACAAUGCCAAAUGGCAUAAGUGCAAAUGGGCAUAACUGCACAAAAAGAAUUCUAAACAUUGGCAUAAGUGCAAACUGGCAUAUGUGUAAAUUGGUAUAAGUACGCUGAACAGAUUUUCAAACAUUCGCAUAAGUGCCAAUUGCCAUAAGUAACUGGUAUAAGUGUGAAGCAGUUGCAAAAACUCGCAAAAGUGCAAACAACAUAAAUGCAAACAGGCAUAAGUGUGCCAAAUAAAUUUGCAAAAUUUAGCAUAAUCCCAAACUGCAAAUUUAUUACACGGGCUUAUGUCAGUUCACACUUCUGCCUGUUUUUGUAACUGUUUUGUACUUAAUCAAAUUUUGCACUUAUGCCUAUUCGUAAUGUUUGCUAACCUCUUUGGCGCACUAAUGCCAAUUUACACUUUUUCCAGUUUGCAAGUUUAAAGCUAUAGGUUAUCCUAUAGCUUUAAAUUUUAGUCCAAAUAAUUUUUUUAACCCAGAUAAUAUUCAUAUAUAUGACUACACUAAUGGUUAGUGUACACUUAUGAUCUGGACUACAUUAAUGUUUUAUGACAAAUUCACUCAUGGCCAAAUCUAAUAUAGCAGCUGGAAAAGGCAAAGAAUCUUUUUAGUAUAACCAAGCUAUACAACUUAAUAAAAGUUUGUGCAUCGACUUCUCACGAAUUAUACAUAGAGUCGAUUGUCGAUGCAAUAAUUGCUGAUUCGUGAAAGCGGGCAACUUUUGCUUGUCUUAAAGUGCCUUAAAUCUAACAGAUAUCAUCGUUAUAAUAUUCCUUUGUUUGUAAAUUGUUUUAAAAAAUAAAUUUAAAAAUAACUUUUAAAUAAA